CAUUUGUUAUUAGCCGGGUGUCGGAAAAAAUAAAAACUCUUCGAGCAAGAUGAUUAGAGAGGCAGAGGUGCCAGAAAUUGUCACACAAGCCGAUCUACCUAAUAGUAUGUUCCCAAAUAAACAAACCGAGAGGACGAAUAAAGGCAGUACAAGUAGUAAUGGGUCGACAUCUUCAGUUUCAAAUUCAACAUCAGCUGAAACUCAAGCAACUGAGAAAUUGGCAAUGUAUGUUUAUGAGUACCUGUUACACCGUGGAGCAAAUCGAGCUGCACAGACAUUUCUAAGUGAAAUACAAUGGGAGAAGAAUAUAACAUUAAGUGAUUCACCUGGUUUUCUACAUAAUUGGUGGAGUGUGUUCUGGGACUUGUACUCAGCUGCUCCUGAAAGACAAGACCCACAUAAUCACAGCCAGGAAGCUAAAGCAUUUCAUGACUUGAGUGCUGGGAAGUCUCCAAGUUAUGUUCCACAACCUACAGGAGAUAUGUCAAGCAUGGGAAAUAUGCCACCUGGUGGAUAUUAUCAGCAUUCUAGACCACCAAGUUUAUCUAGUGCACAAACAUCUCCACAUUCUCUUCCACCACAAGCAAUGAUGCCCAACCAUUUCAUGAACAACAGAUAUAACAUGGGUAGACCUUCAAUACGAAUGCCAAAUCAGUCGAUGGGUCCAGGAGGUCAGUCUCCAUUUUCAACGAUGGAUCCUUCUCGUCAGCAACAAGCAGGCUCAUAUCAAACAUCGCCGAUGAUGAGUCCAGGUGGAAUGAGAAACUUCAGUAAUGGCAUACCACCAGGUGUUCCACCAAGUUAUAAUCGCAUACCUUCCAUGUCCAAUGGAGGAAUGAUGGGUGGUGGACCUAUGGGACCGACGAAUAUGCAAAUGGGACCAAGGGCGCCUUGGAGUAACCCACCAACACCGAGUCCGUUAACGCCUGGACCACCACGAACACCGAUACUAUCGAGUCCUCAAGAUCCAACGACGCCAUUUGGUAUGGAUGCGUCUGAACCUCAGUUACCAUUGACAGAACCGCCAGACAAUUUAGAAGAACUUCCAGCGGAGUCCACGGAAUCAGCUGCUAUUCAACGCAUCAAAGAAUCGAUGAAAGAAGAAGUCAAGAAGUUCGAAUCCGACAACCCGCAUGAUUACUACAACAUGCAUUGAUUUAAAUUGCCGAAAUAAAACAUGAAUGAUUUCUUCAUCUACGCGAUUUACUUGAAGCGCCGAAGAUGUUAUCUAGUCCUGGGAUGAGUUGGUGCAAUGCAUUGUUUUAAAGUGCAAGGUGGUAUCUUCAUGUACCAGGAGACAUGAAUUUUAACGUUGUCACAGAGCAUGACAUUUUAACUUAGUGUAAACAUUUUUAACAAUUAUGUUAUGUGUUUGUGUGUUUCACUGUUAAGGUUUCUUCCCCUGUUUUUAAUAGAAGGUCAUGUGACCUGGUGUCACAUGAACGCUUUUGAACUCUCGCUAUCUCGAACUUUUAAACUCUAACUAUCUCCAACAUUCGAACUCUAGCUAUUUCGAACAUUCGAACUCUCGCUAUCUCGAACUUUUGAACUAUCGCUAUCUCGAACAUUCAACUCCCGCUAUCUCGAAUUUUUGAACUUUCGCUAUCUCGAACAUUCGAACUCCCGCUACUUCAAACAUUCCAACUCUCGCUGUCUGGAACUUUCGGUAUUCGGAACUGUUGAACAGAUGUAUCCGUUCAUAUACUAUUCAUCUAACGUAUACGUUAUCCCAAUGACUUAACUCUUCUUAUUCCCCUGCAAAGUGUUUAAUAUCAAAUGUUUUCUGUACUUUGUUUGUUUAUAUAUCCUGCUCCCUCCUCCGUGGUGUAAAAUAUUUGAUUUUUUAGAAUCUGCAUAGCUAAAGCAGUGGAUUUGAUUUUUAUAUUUCCUGUUCUGUAUUUUCUAUUUCUGUUCUGUAAAAUACUAGUUGCGGAUAAUUUGUAAUUGUAUUUUAGGAAUAAUUAUCUGCUGUUAUUUUUACGCUUAUGUUUGCAAAUAUAUAUUGUCAUCAAUUUAAUUGUACAUAGUAUAUAAAUACAGUGAAAUAUGUGGAGGAGUGUAACCAUAUAUAGUAAUAGGACAUAGAACCUUUUUUUAUUUGUUGAAAACGCAGAAAACGUCGUAAAUAAAACUAAAUAUUCAAUUCGAACGUUCAUCUAAGCUCGUUACUGCCUUGACUUAAACAGUUUUUUUAUUUUGCAAAUAUAUUUCUUAGUAAGUGUGGCCAAGAAAUUGUCAACUUGUUUUUGCGUUUAAUUUUUUUUAUGGUUACUUUUUUUGUUGUCAUGGUAACUUGUUUUGUUGUCAGUUAACAGUUUAUUGAUAAAUUUAUUUCCUGUGUCACGUGACAACAAUAUUUUUUAGUUGUUAUUUUACUCUUUGUUAUAUUCAUCCAAGCGAGUGUGAACAGACCUCAAAUUGUGUUCUAAAGCGUUAAAAAUUAAUGACUUUAUUUUUGUUUCUUUGUUAGCAAUUAUUGUACUUAUUUUAUUUUCAUUCUGUCCGCUCAGUCACGAAUGUCAAGAAAUUCAGUGAAAAUAGGCGGUAAAUUCGGGACAAUUUGAGGACAAUACAGUGGAUAGAACGUUUUUAUAUUAAUUUUUAUCAUUAUGAUUUUGUUUUCAUUACAAUGUUUUUUUUAUUCCUUUGAAUAAACUAUUUAAUAAAUCAAUCAACUUAGAUA